AUGAGAGCUCCACGUUUAAGCGAAGCAUUAUUUGUUUUACAGAUGGUUUCCGUCGUAUCGUUAUAUCUUGUAUGCACAUGGUUAUAUACUCGACUCUCUGAGUAUGUAGUCAUCUCUUCAGCAAAAUUUUCUACUGGAGUGAAAAAAUCAAAUGUUGAAGAACCAACGGAGUCAGCUGAGAAGUCUAAAAACCCUUUAGAUGAGUUUGAAGUUUAUCUACGAUAUACUUCGUCAGUUAAACAGUUUCCUCUUCAAGCUGAAAGUUGGAUCUUACGAAGCAUGUCAUUAUUUUGGCCGAAGAAUUCAAAAGUUGUUGUUGUCUUAGAUAAAGAAAGUGAAGAAGACAGAAAACACGGUUCUACACUGAAUGAGACAACGCAGAAUAAAAAGCUAGAUUUACGAGUUUGUUACAUGGAACCAUAUCCUCAAGAGAUGAUUCAUCACUGGGGCAAAAUGCGGAUGUACAUGGACAUGAUGCAUGCUGAUUUAUGUACUAAUGCCACGUAUGUUGGUUUCGUUGAUGUAGACACACUUUUCACGACAGCAGUUACGCCAAGCUUAAUUCUGGAAGAUGGAAAACCUGUGGUAACAGGAAGAAUCGGAGACCCUAGAAUUCCUUGUUGGAUUGAAAGUGCUGCUUAUAUACUUGGUCGAAAGCAAGUCAUGCAGUGUAUGCAUUAUUUCCCCGUGACAUUCAAAACGGCACAUAUCAGAGAAUUCCGUCAGUAUGUGGCUAAAUUGCACGGUAAAGACUUUAAACAAGUUAUUUCUGAAACAACCCACAAACUCAAUAUUCAUUGGUCGUGUUACUGCCAUUAUAGUACCAUGUGCAACUACAUGUGGUACUACCACAGAAAUGAAUACGCAUGGCAUUUGCAGUAUGUCAAACCGACUCGUCCAUUAAAUGCAUCAGUACCGUAUGACUAUUUCUUCACUGAAGUCAAGCCAGAGGAAAAGAUUCCACAUCCACGUUCUUCGAUACACGUACGCCACUUCAUGCUCAAUGGAAAAUACAUGGAUGCAGUAGAACCAACGGUACGUUUCGUCAAUGACACAUUGGUUGAAGGCUUAUGUUAUUCUUUCGGAAUAAAACUCUGUGGCGAUCUAUGCAGGGAAUAUAAUCAAACUAACAUUCAUGUCAACUUGUUCAAUUUCGAAAACUAUGAUUGGUUAUGGGAUAGUCGCUGUAUGGAAAAACAAAUCGAGCAUUACAAAAAUGUCGCAGAUCUUUUCAACAAAACGUUUUUCUAUAUGGACUCGAGUGAGGAAAUAUGCCGAACUAUAGCAUCUCUUAAAUCGUAA